GUCAUGUUAAAACAGGACAGCUUGCUGCGAUUAAGGUUAUGGACGUCACCGGGGAUGAAGAGGAGGAGAUCAAACAGGAAAUUAACAUGCUAAAGAAAUAUUCUCAUCACCGAAAUAUAGCCACAUAUUAUGGAGCUUUUAUUAAAAAGAACCCACCCGGAAUGGAUGAUCAGCUCUGGCUGGUGAUGGAGUUCUGUGGUGCUGGCUCUGUCACUGACCUGAUCAAGAACACAAAAGGGAACACUUUGAAGGAGGAGUGGAUUGCGUACAUCUGCAGGGAGAUUUUACGGGGUUUGAGUCAUCUACACCAGCAUAAAGUAAUUCAUCGAGACAUCAAGGGGCAGAAUGUAUUGCUGACAGAAAAUGCAGAAGUUAAACUAGUGGAUUUCGGUGUCAGCGCUCAGCUCGACAGAACAGUGGGUAGAAGAAACACCUUCAUUGGAACUCCUUAUUGGAUGGCUCCUGAAGUCAUUGCCUGUGAUGAAAAUCCUGAUGCCACUUACGACUUCAAGAGUGACUUAUGGUCUUUGGGGAUAACAGCCAUCGAGAUGGCAGAAGGUGCUCCUCCCCUUUGUGACAUGCAUCCCAUGAGAGCUCUGUUCCUUAUCCCCCGGAAUCCAGCCCCACGGUUGAAAUCAAAGAAGUGGUCUAAAAAAUUCCAGUCAUUCAUUGAGAGCUGCCUAGUGAAGAACCACAGUCAGAGACCAACGACCGAACAGCUGAUGAAGCACCCAUUUAUUCGAGACCAGCCUAAUGAAAGGCAGGUUCGCAUCCAGCUUAAGGACCAUAUUGAUAGGACUAAGAAGAAGCGAGGAGAAAAAGAUGAGACAGAGUAUGAAUACAGUGGAAGUGAGGAAGAGGAAGAAGAAAAUGACUCUGGAGAACCCAGUUCCAUCCUAAAUCUGCCUGGAGAGUCAACACUGAGACGGGAUUUCUUGAGGCUUCAGCUAGCAAAUAAGGAGCGUUCAGAGGCCCUCCGACGGCAGCAGCUGGAGCAGCAGCAGCGAGAGAAUGAAGAGCACAAGCGGCAACUGCUAGCAGAGCGGCAAAAGCGGAUUGAGGAGCAGAAGGAGCAGAGGCGAAGGCUAGAGGAGCAGCAGAGAAGAGAGAAGGAGAUGAGGAAGCAGCAGGAAAGAGAGCAGAGGCGGCAUUAUGAGGAGCAGAUGCGCCGAGAGGAAGAGAGGAGGCGUGCAGAGCACGAGCAGGAGUACAUCAGGCGACAGUUAGAGGAGGAGCAGAGACAGUUAGAGAUCCUGCAGCAGCAGUUACUGCAGGAACAAGCUCUACUUCUGGAGUAUAAGCGCAAACAGUUAGAGGAGCAGAGACAAGCGGAGAGGCUGCAGAGGCAACUUCAACAGGAGCGAGACUACCUGGUCUCCCUGCAGCAGCAGCAGCAGCAACGGCAAGACCAGAGGCCAGCAGAGAAGAAGCCGCUGUACCAUUACAAGGAGGGAAUGAAUGCAAGUGAGAAGCCAGCUUGGGCCAAGGAGGUAGAGGAACGUUCUCGACUCAACCGGCAAAGCUCCCCAGCAAUGCCUCACAAAGUGGCUAACAGGAUAUCUGAUCCAAACCUGCCUCCUCGUUCAGAGUCCUUUAGCAUUAGUGGCGUGCAGCCAGCUCGGACACCACCCAUGCUCAGACCAGUGGAUCCACAGAUUCCACAUCUGGUCAGUGUGAAAUCCCAAGGAACCUCCUUGUCUGGCUCUCAGUCACUGCACGAACAACCCGCAAAGGGAAUGGCUGGGUUUCAGGAGGCUCUGAUGGUGACCUCUCACCGCACUGAGAUGCCAAGGCAGAACUCGGACCCCACCUCAGAAAACCCUCCUCUCCCCCCUCGCAUUGAAAAGUUUGACCGAAGUUCUUGGUUACGACAGGAGGAGGACGUUCCACCAAAGGUGCCUCAGCGAACAACUUCCAUAUCCCCAGCACUAGCUAGAAAGAACUCCCCUGGGAAUGGCACUGCGUUGGGAGCUAGAUUAGGAUCACAGCCCAUCAGAGCAAGUAACCCUGACCUGAGGAGAACUGAGCCCAUCAUUGAAAGUCCCCUACAGAGGACCAGUAGUGGCAGCUCCUCCAGUUCCAGCACCCCCAGCUCCCAGCCUAGUUCCCAGGGAGGAUCCCAGCCUGGUUCCCAAGCUGGCUCCAGUGAACGUAAUAGAGUCAGAGGAAAUGCCAAACCUGAAGGGUCACCUGUGCUAUCUCAUGAGCCAUCUAAGAUGAAACAGGAGGACAGCAGGGAUGUGACACGACCAAGCCGACCUGCUAGCUAUAAGAAAGCUAUAGAUGAGGACCUGACUGCGUUAGCCAAAGAGUUGAGGGAACUGCGUAUCGAAGAGACCAAUCGCCCUCUGAAAAAGGUGACUGACUACUCUUCCUCUAGCGAGGAAUCAGAAAGCAGUGAAGAGGAAGAGGAGGAUGGUGAAAGUGAAACGCACGAUGGGACAGUGCCUGUCAGUGACAUCCCAAGACUUAUACCAACAGGAGUUCCUGGAAGCAAUGAGCCAUACAACAUAGGAAUGGUGGCAUCUCAUGGUCUAGAAACACCCCAUGCAGAUACAUUUAGCAGUAUUUCCAGGGAAGGAACUUUAAUGGUAAGGGAGACCACUGGUGAAAAAAAGCGUUCUAGUCAUGCAGCCAGCAAUGGCUUUGCUGGGCACAUCAAUCUCCCUGAUCUGGUGCAGCAAAGCCACUCGCCUGCAGGCACACCGACUGAGGCCCUGGGGCGAGUCUCCACGCAUGCGCAAGACAUGGACUCAGUGGCUGAAUAUGGCAUGGGAAGUAGCACCAAAGCCUCUUUCACUCCGUUUGUGGAUACCAGAGUGUAUCAGACCUCCCCUACUGAUGAGGAUGAAGAUGAUGAUGAGGAAUCAUCUGCUACAGCAUUGUUUACCAGUGAACUGCUUAGACAAGAACAGGCCAAACUGAAUGAGGCAAGGAAAAUCUCUGUGGUAAAUGUGAACCCUACCAAUAUCCGCCCUCACAGCGACACGCCGGAGAUCCGGAAGUACAAGAAGCGCUUCAAUUCGGAAAUACUUUGUGCUGCUUUAUGGGGUGUUAACCUACUAGUGGGUACAGAAAAUGGACUGAUGCUGUUGGAUCGAAGUGGCCAAGGAAAGGUCUACAACCUGAUCAACAGAAGGCGAUUUCAACAGAUGGAUGUGCUAGAGGGACUUAAUGUCCUUGUAACAAUAUCAGGAAAGAAGAACAAGCUGCGAGUUUACUACCUUUCAUGGUUAAGAAAUAGAAUUUUACACAAUGACCCUGAAGUAGAAAAGAAGCAAGGCUGGAUUACUGUUGGAGACUUGGAAGGCUGCAUACAUUACAAAGUUGUGAAAUAUGAAAGAAUCAAGUUCUUGGUGAUUGCCUUAAAGAAUGCUGUAGAGAUAUAUGCUUGGGCUCCUAAACCAUAUCACAAGUUUAUGGCAUUUAAGUCUUUUGCAGAUCUCCAGCACAAACCGUUGCUUGUGGACCUCACAGUAGAAGAGGGUCAAAGAUUGAAGGUUAUCUUUGGAUCGCACACUGGAUUCCAUGUGAUUGAUGUAGAUUCGGGGAACUCUUAUGAUAUCUAUAUACCAUCUCACAUUCAGGGCAAUAUCACUCCUCACGCCAUUGUCAUCCUGCCGAAAACGGAUGGGAUGGAGAUGCUCGUGUGCUAUGAGGAUGAAGGGGUGUAUGUGAACACCUAUGGACGGAUCACUAAAGACGUGGUGCUGCAGUGGGGAGAAAUGCCUACUUCUGUGGCCUACAUUCAUUCCAAUCAAAUAAUGGGCUGGGGAGAAAAAGCUAUUGAGAUCCGUUCAGUGGAGACAGGACAUUUGGAUGGAGUAUUUAUGCACAAGCGAGCUCAAAGGUUAAAAUUUCUAUGUGAAAGAAAUGAUAAGGUAUUUUUUGCAUCAGUGAGAUCUGGAGGAAGUAGCCAAGUUUUUUUCAUGACCCUCAACAGAAAUUCCAUGAUGAACUGGUAAUAGAAGAACGCUUGACACUUACCUUCAUGGCAUUAUUUCUAAUUUAAAGGACAUUAAACAUGUGGACUAACACUCUAGAGGCAGAUACGGAAAGCCUUGUGGAAUACACCACUCCCCUACACACACUCUCACAAUACUGUACACCCUUCAUUGUUGCAGUCUGGUAAUGGAGAGAGAGGAUUCGCUGGAGAUCACUAAGAAUGCAACACAGUGUUUGGGGCAGAAAGAGACGUAUGCACUUCAAAAGUAGGGAAAGAAACCUCUGAUGGUCUCCUGAUUAAGCUGUGUUAUAGUGGGUUAUGAAUUUUUUUAUUUUACUUUUUCUUUGUCCCCUACUUUGUAAGAAUGGGGAAGAGAAUAGUGUCAAAAAGUAUGUUUUUAAUUCUGUCUGCCUGCUAGCAUCAAAUAUGUAGUUUGCUGUAAAGUUACUAAUUCAAACUGAUGAAAGACAGCACAAUAAAUGUACCUUUUAUCUUUGCAAUGAAGGCCAUAACCCAUAUAGCUAAGUAAUUUGGGGAAAUCUUUUGCCUUCACCAACAUUUACAUGUUGCUUUUGGCAGCAACAGCUUAAUGGAUUUUUAAAGAAGAGAAAAAUAAUAGUUUUUCCCCUCUUUUGGGAAAUGGAUUUUAAAUGGCUAAACUACUAGCCUUAGACUAAUAAAAUCAACAACCAUUUUUGUCAGUCUGUCAGUCCAUAUUUCUAUAUGGAUCUUCACAUAAUGGUGUGUGUUGAUAGAGAAAGUAGUGUAGUUCGUUGUUACUCCUGAAAAGGGUGUAUUAGCAUUUCUUUCCCCAUGCUACAUUAUGCAAGAGGUCAGGGCAAAAGAAUGGGAUGGAACAAAGGCUGAGAGAAACACAAAGUCAUUCAGGUGACAAAUCUACUUGGAGGGGUGCAUGGAUCCACUUGGAUGACAGGGUUGUUAACUUAGGAUCCAGUCAUACUGAGAACUAAUUGGGUGUGCUUAGCUGAAUGAUUGGGCCCCACUUAACAGUGAUGCUGUGCAUUCAGAACUGCCAUGGAAGUCAGUGAUAGCUAAGGGUGCCCAGCACCGAUAAGGAUUGUGGCCCCAGUGAUAACAUGGCUUCUGUUGACUUUGUCUCUUCUCCAGAUAUGAAGAUUGGGACGGGCAAGUUAGAAGGUUCUGAGAGGCCAGUGUCCUCUCAGUGUAGGGGGGAGAGGGGAUUAGCCAAAAGGUGCAUUGCACGGCUGAAUUGUAAAGAAUUUUUAAAAAUAAGGUUUCUUGAGUGAAGAUUCUGAAGCUAUAAUCACUUUCUGCCCCUCCUCCACUCCCCACGAAUUAUCCAACAUACAGCGAACGACAACAUCUGUGCAGAAAUAUGUAUGUAUUUAGUUCAGGUUGAAUUGUGUCCUUAUAAACUCUGCUCAACUGAUUUAAAUUUUAAGUGAGUAUCUGGGAUUUUUUUUCUCAAUAGCUACAAGCAUGGCUGCCUGUGGUAUUAGGGUGUUGCAUAACGAGAUCUGUGUUGCUGUUUUUAACCUACCUCGUUUUGUUCGUUUUUGUUUUGUUUUUCAUUUUGCUGUUCAUUGCAGCACUGUUACCUCCGGGAACAUGUAGAGAGCUCAACUGGCAAUCUCUGAUAUUAUAUGUAAUAAUAAUGACGCUAUUAAAAAAACCAAAUCAACAGUCGUUGGUCAAAUCUGAAUCCUUCACUGAUUAAAAAAGAAUCUCACACUCUCAAUCCCCCUGGCCCUGUAAUGGACUGCACCAUCCAUUAUUGUGCUGGUUGGCACUCGUUUUGUUCAGAGUCAUUUAAAAUCGGUGGCUGGCCAUACCAUCAGUGAGAGCACAAUAAAAAUCAGACAUCCGGGGCAAACGUAUAGCAAGUUGGUGAAAAUAUGCUACUUCUGGCCUGUGGUUCUUAAAGUUUCAUCAUGGCGGCUCCGUAGGUUAGAGGCAGUUAAGUAAGGGAAUCCAGGCAGCUUUACAGCUUCAUUUCUGAGCCUGUGCCAUUAAGGCACCAGGGUGCUGGUCUCAGUCAGAAAAUAAAAUAAAUAAGUAAUAAAAUCCUAGUCAGAUAACUUGAUCUUUAGCACAGUUCAAAGCACUAUUCACGGCUGUUGGUUUGAUGGACUCUCUCUUCCAGAGGAAGGACCUGUGCAGGGCCAGUUGCUUCGGUGACUCAGACUGUCUGGCUGUGUAUACGGUAGCCUGUUCAUCUGAAAUUUCCCACCGUUGCUAGCAUCAUUGGAGCUCCACCUAUGGCAAGAAUGGCAAGAGCCCUAAUGCAGACAAGUUUCCAGGCAGCCACUGGCAUGUUAGCCACUGCAUUGUCAUUUAGCCCUGGUCAGAGCACGUCUACACAACCUUGUGGGCAUGAUGCCAGUGGCUGCCAGCAUUUUGUCUGAAUUAGCCCUAACGCCGUUGAAGCUGCAAGUGGUGGGAAAUUCAAAAAAUGGUAAAUGCCAGCAAAGCUUGUAGUGCACAUUCCAGCAGGGACCUUGAAAUCAGCAGCAGUACUUCAUUGAGCACCCUGGAAACCACAGCAGAGCACUUACGAGUGCUCCUAAGUAACAAGCCUAGGCUUGCACAUUCCUGUAGGGGUCUCCAAAUCAACAGUAGAGAGACUUCAGGCUGUCAGCCACAGCAAAGCACUGUGGGUACUUUGAAAAGUGUCCUUAAUUAAAGAGCAGGUAUAUAACUUGGGCUAGCUAUAAUUUCAACCUAGCGCUGCCACUGAGUGAUCAGAAAAGGGCCUCCACUUUCAGUUCACAUCUCCCACUACCACACGUACACACCCUUGUGCUUUGUAUUGCAACGGAUGUUUUAUUUAGCAAUAACUUUUCUGAUUAAAUUGAGCAACUGCUGUAGUUGUUAGAUACUGGAAUUAAAACGGAAUCAGAGUAAGUCUCUUCAGUGACAGUGAUUGCCACCAGCUCUUUAUAUUUUCAUUGUGGCUACCUUAAACCAGAAGCUUCUUAUUAAUUUAUGUUGCAGACUGAUGACUUUUUUUCCCCUAAAGUGUCAUGUUCAGAAUACACAGCUUUAAAUGAUUUUUUUUUUAUUGUGGGUUUUUUGGGAACAGUUACGAAAUAAAAGGGAAUCAUUGUGUUUAAACAUAA